AUGAGUGCACCAAUUGUUCUUGAUCAAGGUACCGGUUUCGUCAAAAUUGGAAGAGCCGGCACCAACUUCCCCGACCACACUUUUCCAUCAAUGGUUGGUCGACCAAUCUUACGAGCCGAAGAAAGAAGUCUCUUGGUGCCUGAAGAUGUUGAAAUCAAGGAUAUAAUGUGUGGAAGUGAAGCUGCUGCCGUUAGAUCCUUAUUACAAAUCAAUUAUCCUAUGAAGAAUGGGAUUGUUCAAGAUUGGAACGAUAUGGAACAUUUAUGGGAUUAUGCAUUUUAUGAAAGAAUGAAAACCCAAACUGAAGGACAGAAGAUAUUAUUAACUGAACCACCAAUGAAUCCUACCAAGAAUAGAGAAAUGAUGUGUGAAGUUAUGUUUGAGAAAUAUAAAUUUGGUGGUGUUUAUGUUGCUAUUCAAGCUGUGUUGGCAUUAUAUGCUCAAGGUUUGAGUUCCGGUGUUGUUGUUGAUUCUGGGGAUGGUGUUACACAUAUUGUCCCAGUUUAUGAGUCGGUAGUUUUGAAUCAUUUGACUAGUAGAUUGAAUAUUGCAGGUAGGGAUGUUACUACCCAAUUGAUUAAUUUAUUAUUCCGUCGUGGAUAUUCAUUUAAUAGAACUGCUGAUUUUGAAACUGUUCGUCAAAUUAAAGAAAAAUUAUGUUAUGUAUCUUACGAUUUAGGAUUUGAUGCCAAAUUAGCCAAUGAAACCACUACAUUGGUUGAAUCUUAUGAAUUACCCGAUGGGAGAGUUAUCAAAGUUGGUUCUGAAAGAUUCGAAGCUCCAGAAUGUUUGUUCCAACCUCAUUUGGUUGAUUGUGAACAACCAGGUAUGGGAGAAAUGUUGUUCAAUACAAUCCAAAGUGCAGAUGUGGAUAUUAGAUCCAGCUUAUUCAAAGGGAUUGUUUUAUCGGGUGGUUCUUCUAUGUAUCCUGGUUUACCAUCUAGAUUAGAAAAGGAAUUGAAACAAUUGUGGUUAAGUAAAGUCUUACAUGGAGAUUCUACAAGAUUGGAUAAAUUUAAAGUUAGAAUUGAAGAUCCUCCUAGAAGAAAGUAUAUGGUAUUCAUCGGUGGUGCUGUUUUGGCAAAUAUUAUGGCGGAUAAAGACCACAUGUGGAUUUCAAAACAAGAAUGGGAAGAACAAGGUCCAAGGGCUUUAGAAAAAUUAGGUCCUCGUUAG